AUAGGCUAACCAAGCUUUUCGGACUCAUCUUGGCUAUCCACAAUCAUUUCCUGCUCCACCUAUACACUCAAGUGGGUUGAAUCAUCAGCCUGGUCCUUUCCUACCUCAAAUGAUUCAACCCAAUUUCCCUCCUAAUGUUGUACCGCCUCCAGCACCACAGUAUCCUCAAGUGAUUGGUGUCAUUGAGGGUUGGGAAACUGGUUUAUUAGAUUGCUUGGAUGAUCCAACAAAUGCUAUCAUUACAGCCUUCUUCCCUUGCAUGACAUUUGGCCAGCUUGCAGAAAUAAUGAACGAGGGUCAUACUUCUUGUGCAACAAGUGCACUGCUUUACGGAUUGGUGGCAUUUCUGAUUGGGGCACCGUGUCUAUUUUCAUGCGUGUAUCGCGCCAAGCUUCGGAGCAAGUUUGCGCUCAUCGAGUCCCCAGUGCCAGAUUGGGUUAUCCACCUCCUUUUUGAGCAUUGUGCUCUUUGUCAAGAAUACAGGAAGCUGAAACAUAGAGGCUGCGAUCCAACCAUAGGAUGGCGUGGAAAUGCAAGUAGAAAUCAGAUCAUGAUGAUGCAGAAUCAGCAAGCUACAAUGAUGCCUCUAGGGAGCCAAAGGAUGAUGGGAUGAUGGGUUUUGUUGAGUUAUCAUGAGGAAUAUUAAUUAUCACUAAGUAGAUCUGAUUUCAUUUUUAAUAUAUUUAUGUCCUUUUCCUCCCAGUAAUUUGCAUUAACAUAUUCCCUCUUUGGAUAGGAAAAAAGAAAAUAAAAUGUUUCAAUCCAG